AUGCGCCAUCAUCUCAUUGAAGGUCUUAAGGAUCAGUACAUGACGAUUGAGAAUCCAUUGGAUCUUUGGAAUGCUUUAAGGCACAGAUAUGAUCACCAAAAGAUGGUGUUGCUUCCAAAGGCAAGGCACGAUUGGAUGCACCUCAGAUUCAUGGACUUCAAGUCCGUGGAUGAGUACAACUCGGCCUUAUUCAAAAUCGUCUCAAUACUAAAGCUGUGUGGUGAAGAAGUGUCCGAUGUGAUGAUGCUUGAAAAGACCUAUACGACUUUCAAUCAGUCGAAUUCUGUGUUGCAACAGCAAUAUAGAACAAAAGGUUUUGCCACAUAUACUGAUCUGAUCUCAUGUCUACUCUUGGCCGAGGCAAACAAUGAGCUCCUUAUGAAGAAUAGUGGAGCCAGACCUGCCGAGACAGCACCAUUACCCGAAGCCCAUGAGGUUGAAAAGAAAGAUCCCAAAGAGACCUACUACACCCAAGACAACAGGAAACCAUACGGCAAUAGCCGUGGUGGGUACAGGGGGCGUAGGCGUGACAAUCAUAACGGUCAAGACAACUACUCAACCAGCCAAAAAGGAAACCACAAUAACCGUGGUCGUGGUUCCAAUUACGGUCGGGGCCGAGGGAGUUAUGGCCGUGGACGAGCUGAUAGCCCGUCCAUUGCUUAUGAAGUCUCAACUUCCGGUAUCAGCAUGGGGACAUGCGGUUUUACAUGGAACAGAACUGAUUCGCAUCAGGCCAUCUAG